CAUGAGUGAUGUGGCUUGCUGUGAUGGAUGUCGUUUUAGAGUCGGUCGUGUUGGCGUUGCUUCUGCUUCCGCGUCUGCGUCUGCUACUGCCACGGUACCCACUGUCUGUUCUGCAUCCGGUGAGUCUAGUGCUGCUUCAUCUGUCUGCAUCCAUUGAUCUCCUCCGAAAUCAUAGAGACCCGUUGCCACGACAUUGGCAGACUUGGCGAGAUGCACCCCUAAACUCAGCAUAUACCCAAGACUCAACGUUCUCUGCCCAGCAAGCGGUCCAGAUUGUUGACCAAGCGCAGCAACGAGAGGUGUUCCUCGAAACGGUGAUGAAAUGGCAGCAAUCGAUCGUAUCAUCUCUGGUGUACCUGGAAGGACAGUUCCUAGCAUUUGCUGAAGAUGAUAGAUUGUGCAUCCACCAAAGGAGUGGCCUGCGAAAUGGAGGGGUUGGUCGGGUGACCAGUGCGGGUAGAGACCGGUUGUGUGGGUUCUACCGUACCGCGCAUGACCGUGUUCCUUGGCGUGUGCUUCACCGUAAUCGCAUCGACCUCCUUUCAGUGCAUAGUAGAGCUCAAUGGCACGAUCCCAAAGAGACGAGAAACUGCCACAUCUUUGUUAGUCUGAGCAGGUGAUGUCAAUGACAAUUACUUGA